AUGGAAUUCAACCUUUCAGGCCUCCUUCGGUUUGAAGCAAAUCUCUGGGAUUCUGAACCAGAGGAUAUUUUCCUUUGUGGUGAUUAUUUUGGUUGCAAUAAUACUGUUGUCUUAUUAUACAAUGGUAAUCACCGGAGCUAUGAGCAACAAGGCCAUCGUUCACAAUCGCAGGGACUAAGCGAUUUUGAAGCUGAUCGUGUGACUUCUCAGCCUUCUCAACAAAUAGGUACCAUAAGGCCUUGUCCUAGAGCUAAAUGGAGUCACCAAAUGAAGCUAUUUCUUAUUCAACUCUUGAAAGAUCAUGAUGUGCCUGGUUUUCGAAACCAAAAUGCAUGGAGUAAGGAAGCAUGGACAAGUAUUACUUCUCAAUUGAAUACCAAGUUUGUUGUGUCAUUCACUGUUAACCAAGUCAAGCAAAAGGAGCAGGAUUUAAAAAAAGAUUAUCGAAGUGUAAAAGACUUGUUAGUUGAAAGUGGUUUUGGAUGGGAUAGCGUGAGAAUGAUGGUAGAUGCACCAGCAGAUAUUUGGGCUACAUUUGCUGCUCGCAAGAACAGCAAGGAUGCCCUCCAAUGGCGAGACAAGUCUUUCCCAUACUAUGAUGAAUUGGUUCCACUCUACGACGGCCGUCAUGCUGAAGGAAGGACUCGUCGUGGUAUGGACUAUUAUGCAAGCAGGGCAAAUAAUGUGGUGAUUUCUGUUGAUGAACCGCCUGAUGCUUAUCAGUCUCCAUCACCUACUUUACAAGGUGCCGGAGAAUACGGUAUGCAUUUUUCUAUUGAGGAAGAGACCGAGGAUUUCAUUGCGGAUGCUACCCAGCGUUCAUCAACACCUUUUCAACAAAUGAAAUCCACACCAAGCUCUGCACAAGCACGUACUGAGAAGCCUAGCAGCAGACGUGUAAAAAAACAAAAGAGAAGUACUGUUGAACCUCCCGAGGGAUUUCAUGAGAGAUACCUAAAGCUGAAGCAGAAAGAAAUAGACCGAUUUGCAGCUAUCGAGGAGAAGAAAGCUUCUAUUGAGGAGAAGAAAGCAGAGGAUCCCUACAGCAUUAACAAGUGUAUUAUAACUCUUGAAGGGUUAGAUGGUCUACAAGUGAGUGACAUUUUGUUGGCGUCAGAUAUCUUCCAAGCAAAAGAUCACCGGGAAGUUUUCUUAUCAUUUUCUAGUGAUGAACUACGGUUGGCUUGGAUUAAAAGGGAGAUUACACGUAGCAACACAAAUUAUCAGUGCUAGAACCUGCAUCUCAUGGUGUCAUGUGGUGAUUAGCAUAUAGUUUGGUCAUUUGGUGGUUAGUAUAUUUUGGUAUGCCGUGAGGUCAGUAGUAGAACCUGCAUAUCUCAUGGUGUCAU